AUGGCCCAGCCGGAUCUGAUGCCUGUGCCCAGCCGCUGGGCACUGCUGCUGCUGCUGCUGCUGUCAGGUGAACUGGUGCCUGCGAACCAAGUACAAGUCUUGAACAACAGCAACCCUACAGGAAAGUCUUGUUCCCUGAUACGGCAGCAGCCACACUUUGUGGCCAGGAAACAUGGCUCCAAUGUGAACAUCACUUGCUAUACUGAUAACUUGGAAGAUGUGACAUGGCUCUGGAAGCCUGAGGGGGACCAGGAGCUCAAGCAGGUGCCCCGGGAGGACCGCUUCCAGCAGGCCAAGGAUGGGUUCAUGUCCAUCCUCAUCAUCAAGAGCAUCCGCUCCCAGGACAACGGUGUCUACUACUGCCGCCAGAAGUGCAAGGCCCAGACCAUGGAGACACACACGGGCUGUGGCACGGAGCUGCGCGUCAUGGGGUUCAGCACCGUGGCCCAGGUGAGGCGGAGGAACAUGCUGAAAGACGGGAUCAUCAUGAUCCAGACGCUGCUCAUCAUCGUCCUGAUCGUCGUGCCCAUCUUCCUGCUGCUGGACAAGGAUGACGGCAAGUCUGGCAUGGAAGAAGACCACACCUAUGAGGGCCUGAAUAUUGACCAGGCGACUACCUACGAGGACAUCGUGACCCUGCGGACAGGAGAGGUGAAGUGGUCGGUGGGUGAGCACCCCGGCCAGGAGUGAGGCGCAGCCCCCCGAGCCGGGCCCCCAUUGGGCCCC